GGAGAGACGUAAACGCAGCAGAGCCGUUUGCGCGCCAAACGACAGCGCAGCACUUCUUAUAUUCAGUCUACUUCCUUCAUCCACAAGGGAGAGAAAGCUAGCUGGAGAGUGAGAAGAGCUGGAAGCUCAACGAGAACCACGUUUCAUAACAGAGGACUGUUGCUAUGUUUAGGGAUACGUCUGCCUGGUUUUCAAGCAGUGUGCCACAGGCAUGUCACACCUUUUGGAUAUCGGAGGGUGGGACCAUUGCUGAUUGGAGAACAGCAGCUUUCCUUUUCAGUGAAGAUGCUACAUGUGCUGAUACUCUAAGGAUAUUCGAGAGCAAAGAUUAUCUUUGGAAAAAGGUUGCAGUUUUUCACAGCUUGUUUCUGUCCGCCUGUGAGAAGCGCCAGAGCGUGAUGUCUGUGUGCAUCGGUCAUUAUGUGCUGCCUCCGACCUCAGUACAGGAGGAGGUGCGACAGGUGGUUGGGAGGUUGAUAUGGGAGUGUGAAGAUGAGCCGUCGCUGGAAAAGGGUUUCCAUAAGAGUUUUAGUUGCCAGUCAGAAGAUGAAUACAGUGAAGUCUGCAGAAGCAAUUCUGAACCGUCUGACACAGAGAGUGAAGCCCCUCUCCAUGCUCACUAUCCAGUUAGUAACACACUCUCAGGAUAUGUCAGCAUUGACAACCUGCAGAAAUAUUCAGGUGACGUGUAUGAUUUCCACCCCGGAUGUUUCAGAUGCUCCAACUGUAAAGCCCACUGCUGCCCGCUGCUGCACAUAUAAGCAAAGCAGAGAAAAACACGUUAAAGAAGAACAAGUAGCGGUUGUGCCAUUCACACUUUCUACAGUUUAAAGCUGUAGAUAAUGUACUGUCAGUUUAGUUUUUUUUGUUGUUUAUUAUGUUUGCAUUGCCUACUGGUACUUGUGUAUGCAGUGUAGAUGUAUACACUGACAUAAAAUAAAUCUCUGUCACAUCAGUGU